AUGGAUGCAAAUCAGCAAAAUGGAACAGAUGGCGAUGAGCCGAUUUUUUCAAAAAGUGAGCAGAAAUACGCGAUUUCCGUUUUGGCCGUGGCCGCCGUUCUUGCCCAUUUCCCAGUGCUCGUACUCGUGAAUCGUUUCCAGAUUCGGACAAUCUUCGGCGCGGCAGGCCUCCUCUCGGCCAUCGCCACUCUCGUCAUUCCAACAGCUAUUCGAAGUGGUUUCUACUAUUUCCUCGCUCUUCGCUUCGUCAAUGGUGUCGCGUUUGCCGUCAACUUGCCAGUGAUCGGUGCUUUCUGUUCGAAAUGGGCCUAUUAUAAACAAAAUGGUCUCUUCAUGGCCGUGCUCAUCGCCUAUCUCCAUCUCGCGGCCGCCGUCACAAAUCCGAUCUCCGGCGCGAUUUGUCACAUUUUUGGUUGGUCGGCCAUCUUUUACUUUCAUGGAGUCGUCGGCUUGCUGGUGUUCCUCAUUUACGGUUUUCUCUACCGUAACAGCCCCAGAAAGCAUCCGUUCGUGGGUGAUGUCGAGAAAAACAAGAUCGACCUCGAAAAGCCGACCACUGUUGACAAGAAGCUCCUCAAACAUGUUCCAUACCGUGCAAUCAUUUCCACUCCUGAAAUCUGGGCCAUCUGGGUGGCGUCGAUUGGAGUGUCCACGGUGCUCAAUAUGAUCUUCCUCUAUUCACCCAUUUAUUUGAGGAACGUGCUCGGCUACUCAGUGACCCAUACUGGUUUCACCGCCGCUAUCGCCCCAUUGGCGCAGGCGAUCAUGAAGAUUAUCAUCGGCCAAACGAGCGAUAAGAUCAAAUUUCUGUCCGAAGUGAACAAGAUCCGACUGUUCAACUCGAUCGCUUUCUUCGGCUGUUCCAUCUUGCUUUCCUUUUUGGCGUUCACUGAUCCGCGUACCCAUGUUGGAGACUUUAAACUCUCCUUUAUCCUGUUUGGGUGUGCUGGUGGGAUAAUUGGCGUAAACACGGGGGGUUUAUUUCGAGCGGCACCGAUUCUCAGUCGACAGUACAGUCAUUUCGUUACCGGAAACAUCUCACUUACGCUCACGACGACCAUGUUUCUCGUGCCAUUCGCUAUCACGCCGAUGACUGCAAAUAACACGGCUGAAGAAUGGAAAGUCGUCUUUUUGUGGCUAGCCGGGAUCAUGACAGUCUCAAACGUGAUCUUUUGCAUUUUCAUCCGAGGUGAACCCUGUGAAUGGACAAAGGAGAACUUUGUUGUCGGCAAAAGCUCAUUCGCUCAGCCGAAUCCGGAAGAAGAAGAAAACCAAUCAAGAAAAUUA